UUAACAUGGCGGACACCGUGGCCAGACCUUCGCGUCAAUCAUGGACUUCAGCCGAAAAACAUACUCUACGCGUUCUUCUGUCAUUCACACUGAUGAUGAUCGUCUUGCCCAUAGCAGCAUUCUUCUUCAGUCAGACAGUCAUCUUCGAAGGUCUCCAACCAUACUUUCCACAAUAUUGUCUACUGGGUUUGGGAACGGCCUCCAGUGGAGUGGCCAGCGCUGUUGUGGCUGUGCUCGUUGUGCACGGAAUCAUCGCCUCCUACGUCUGGGUCGCUUACAAGGACGAACAACCGCCGAUCAAGGAAGACUGACGCGAAUGCGAUCAGACGAGGUGCAGAGAAGACGUCGAGACGAUGCCAACUCUCCGUCGAGGAACCGAGGCGCCUUUCUUAGAUCCCCCUUGGGCAACUCUGCACGUGCCACACUUGUUCAUGUCCGCCUACCUACCGCCUUGUGGUUAAGUAUUUUAGUAACGAACGAACUGUGGUGUACAUAUAUGUAUCUAGCAAAACGUUGCUCUCACAGUGA